AUGUGGCAGAUGAUGGCAAUCAGCUUUUUCAUCUUCUCCUAUGCAUGGCCAGUUGAUGCAGUUCUUUCCGCAGGCUGCAUCAGUGCUGCUGAGCAAUACCAGCUGAACCUGACCCAGCUCCUCAUGCUGUCCCGCAGGGUUUUAUUGUCCAAGAAGGACCUGGACUACCAUGAGCGCGCGCGCUUCGGGCCACUGCUAGACGCGGUCUUCCGCCAUCGCGAAGAUCUGCUACUCCCCGAAGACUGCCCAUGCGCAGUCCUUGUUGCCUCCAGUGUGCUGAUUGGCUUAGAGGCCACGCACAUUGCGAGCGGGGAUCACAACACAAAUAUGGAGCACACCAAAGCAUUUCACCGAAUGGCUCUGUUGCAGAAAGCCAUCAAAAAAUCUUCGGAGACGUGCUCGAUGAGCGAAGCCCGUGUCUGGCCAGCUGUGCAGGCAUUGGAUGUUUUUGGAGAUACCUACUCUGCGAUGAUAGAGCGAAUGCAAAACUUGCAGCAGUGGAUGAUGGACUUCCAGGAGGAGGCGCCGAUCACUGAUGAGCAGCACAUCCAAGCACUGGCUGAUGCAGCGUUCGCGCUAGAAGGAUUUGAGUGGUGGCCUUGUAGAGGCACGCUCAUUGCAUUGUUGCGCCACGGCAAGCGGAGUGGCCGGCUGUCCAAUGACAAAGUGGACGUGGUAGAUCAUGACGUCGACAUUAUGGUAGGAAUUGCAUCCCAUGAGGACUGGAUACGGAAACGCUUCGGGGUUCAAGACCGCCUUGUUGAAAGAGGGUGGAGCCACUGUUUCGAGCGGUACUCCGUCGCAAUCGAGAGACACAGCAAUGACAAGGAGUUUCUACUCGUGCGUGGGGAUCUCUUUCUAUGCGUCAGAUACAAUCCACAGUUCACACUGGACAUUGGAACAUACCUCACAGAGGGUUCCAUCGCCUAUGCACAGAAGUAUUGUAUUCCCGGGUCCGGCUGCUGGUUGCCUCACGACGGGAGCCUGCGUGGAAGUCAUGGGCGUCUACGCAUUUCGGCCAUCAGGCCUCAGGGGCUCUGCAAGGCCGGGCCCCUUUCAGUGCCCUGUCCGCGGAAGCCACUGGAGACCCUCCAAGCCACCAUGUUUGGCGUGAAUUUCACGAGACAUUGCGUGGCGCUCCCUGAUGUGGCAAGGCGCCUCGAGCGUGACCACUACGACAGCGACAGGGAUCCAUGGCUUUCUGAAGGGUUAACGCAAGAGGACGUGGACAUCUUGUGGCAAAGGGCUGCAGAUCUCGACAAGGAGGGCUACAUGUCCAUGACUCCUUACCUACGUGGCUGCUCCAGCCUGAGGUAUGCGACGACGCCUUUGCCAUAG